CACACCCUCACAUCCAUUUUUGUGAACUUUUUUUAAUUAAUUAACCAAAUUAUGGCUCCAUAUAUUACAAAAUGCAUGAUCCUUAUUAUAGUGUCCGUUUUCGUGACACCACAAAUGCAGCUCAUUCAGGCUCAGCAACAAGUUCCUGGCAUGUACUUGUUUGGAGACUCACAAUUUGACAACGGCAACAACAAUUUCCUAAUCACAACGUCUAAAACCAAUUAUCCACCGUACGGCAUUGAUUAUCCAGAUGGCCCAACCGGCAGAUUUUCCAACGGUUUAACCAUACCUGAUGGUCUCGCACUACUAUUAGGCUUUGAUCGUCCAAUUUCACCCUUUGUAGCUGUAAGAGGCUCAGACAUUAAUCUCAGAGGUGUAAAUUAUGGAUCAGGAGGAGCAGGCAUCCUCAAAGACUCAGGGAUAUUAUUGGGCGAUCGUUUCACGAUGGAUGAGCAACUGCAAAAUCACCAAACAAUAAUCCGACGUAUCACACUUUUACUUGGGUCUAAUCAAACCGCGGUCAAUGAAUAUCUGAACAAGUGCUUAUACGUCGUUAACAUAGGUAGUAACGACUACCUUAACAACUAUUAUCUGCUGGUAUCGACUUCCCGUCUAUUGUACUCGCCGGACGAGUUUUCCCGGAUCUUGAUCAAGAAGUUCUCUCAACAACUAAGGACCUUGUACAACAAUGGAGCAAGAAAAGUCGCAGUUUUCGGUGUCGGUUUACUAGGUUGCCUCCCUCAAGAGCUCGCCAAUUUUCCUCCCAACGGGACGCUUUGUGUGGAUUUCAUAAAUAACGGAGUCCAAUUUUUCAACAUGAAGCUCCCACCACUAAUCGACACCCUCAACGACUUGCCAAAUGCCGAGUUUACCCUCAUAAACACCACUAGCAUCUCACUUGGAGAUCCUUCACUCGCCGGAAUUCAAGUUACAAACGCUUCGUGCUGCCCCACAGUAAGAAGCACGGGACUGUGUGUUCCAAAUCGGGCCACUUGCAGUAAUAGGGAUGUGUACGUUUUCUGGGACAAUUUUCAUCCAACGGAUAUUGUUAAUCGUGCUACUGCUAGACGAGCGUAUUCACAGUUGUUGCGGAUGGAUGCAUAUCCAGUUGACAUUCGAACUCUAUUGCAGCAGUAAAAAUGCAUGCUUUUAUAGUUGAUAAAUAAAUGGAUUUAACCAAAGUUCAAAUUAUGUGAAAAGUUACAUGUUUAUGUGUGUUACUUUGUUUCCUACAAUUUGACUAAGAACUUCUGGGCUCUUACAGAUUUAUGUCUGGCCUGCAAUGUACCUAGCUAGAAGAUAUAAUAGAAGGUGUUUGUGACCAAAUUUUACUUUUGUACAUUAUUAUGGUGUUGAUAAAUAUAAUCAAGCCGCCUACACGUUAGGCAGCUUUCCGCCGG